GAUGCACAUGGCUGUGGGAGUUCCUCGUGGGAAGUCGUAGGCGUCGGUUCCGUAAUUUACGUGCUUAUUGGUGACUUUGAAAGUUUGAGGUUACAAGUUUUUUCGUGAACGACGGAGUGCAACGCAGUGAAAUAACUAUUCGGUGAUCGAUUGCUGGUAGAAUCGUUGAGAAAUCCGUGAUUAUCCAGUUGUUCGUGUGAUUUGCAGUGGCCAUUGUUGUCCGUUAAUACAAUUGAUCAGCAGAAGUGUGGAGACGGAUAAGGGACAAUAGUGAAAAGUACAUCGAUUAUGUCGGCUGCAAGUAAUCAUAUGAUCAUGUGGCAAUUUUGGAUGCUCGAUACGGCUGUUUGACGAACAAUUUGAAGAGAAAUUUAGUGAUUUGUAAAUCGUCAGCCGUUAUUUUGCGAGUAUAUUUGGAUUAAUUUAUUCAUCAUGGUCAAAGAGAAGCCAAACUCCAUUAGGAUCUACGAUUCGGAGGGAUAUAGACGGAGGGCCGCGUGUAUUUGCGUCAAAAACGACCUCGAGGAUGAGGUCCUGCUGGUGACAUCGAGUAGACGACCUGAUAGCUGGAUCGUACCUGGUGGGGGGGUCGAACCCGAGGAAGAUCCAGCUGUUACGGCACUCAGGGAGGUCAGGGAAGAGGCCGGGGUGCUUGGACAGCUCGGACGGUGUCUCGGGAUUUUUGAGAAUAUGGAACACAAACAUCGAACAGAAGUCUGGGUGAUGCGAGUGACGGAGGAGUUGCCAGAAUGGGAGGACUCACGUUCCAUCGGUCGCAAACGAAAAUGGUUCUCCAUAUCUGAAGCACUGGCACAAUUGGCUCAACACAAGCCCGUCCAACGCUCCUACAUCCACAGUCUGCGUAACACAAACCCCCGGAGGGUAGCAUCAACACCCACACCAUCCCUCCAUUCUCAUCAGAUACCGACACCCAUUCAUGUCGUGACGAAUUCAAACUCCGAUCCACAUUUCAGUAAAAACAGCUAAUGCCUCAUAUUAUCAACUGAUUACAUUAUCUGAAUUUUUAAUAACGAAAUGUUAACAUGAUUGUAAUCUCCAUUUUUUGUAUUGCCUCGAUGUUGCAGUGACAACGAUAAUCCACUCAUCAUUUGUACUUUAUACAUAUGCGAAAAACAUUGUAACAAUUCUGUAAGCUAUUUAAUUGAUAAAAUUAUGAGCAUAUGCUAGAUAAGCUGCGUGAAUGAUGUGAAAGAAGUAAUGUGACUACUGCGUAUUGGGUUUAUCACAAAUUAGGACUGUCAUUACUUAAAUAAAAAUAGUUUAUAUGCUAA